UUCCUAAAAGACAGAGCUGUUAAUCAAAACAAAACAAGAGUGAUUUUAAAUGGUUUUCUAACAUGUCGAGUACUUCCGCAGCAAAUGUAGCCACCCAUGAAGAUCCAGCAAUUUGGCACAAAUGGUGUCGCCUAUGUUCCCAAGAUCAUCCGACCAACCGGAAUGUGUACUCCAGGGAGGAGCAGCCGAACUCCUGGACGAGCAUGUUGGCCAUGACCGUGGGCAAAUACUUCUGGGUGGAUAUCAAAAAGGAGGAUGAGCUGAGCAACUACCUGUGCUCAGAGUGCUUCACAUUGAUGGAUUGCCUCAUGGAAUUCUCGGAGAGAGUUCGCAAAGUACAGAUCCUCUUCAACAGAUUGCAGGCCUUAAAACCGGAAGCUGUGGUAAACUAUGAGGAACUACGAGAGGAUUGCGGCUUGGCCAGCGACGAAUGGAAGCAUAUAAUGUACAGAGCAGUGGCACUUCCUCCUUACAAACAAGAAGAACUCAAAACCAAUGGAAUGGAACAGCAAGUUAUAGUGAUAGAACAGGAACAGCAGCAAACUCAAGAGUUUGUCCAGGAGCUACAUAUCGCUGGAGAGGCACUACAAACCGCUGGAAUGGAAGAGGAAAUCCUAGAGGACGAGGGUGAGCACCUUGCAGAGGAAGAGGUCGAAACUAUGGAGGAGGAAGUGCAGCAGCAGGAAACCUCAGAUUGCCUGGUUGAAGUGGAUCGCAUAGCGGAGGAGGAAUUCAUCGAAGAAUCAAGGCUAACAGAAAACCAAGUUGAAGAUUUUCAAGUUAACACAUAUGAAGCUAUAUCCCAAGCCCGCCCACACGAACUUCUUAGAUCGAAAGCUGUCGAAGAAGCUAUGGAGCCCGAAGACGAUGCCUUUGAAGAGGAAACAUCCGAGGAGCCAGCCCCAUACAAGUGCAGCAUUUGCAAAAAGUCGUACAAGAGACCCAACGCCUACAUGCGACACAUGGAGGAAGUCCACAAAACCGUACCCAGAGAUCUCCCACAAGUGCUAUGCAACACUUGUCCCCACUGCGAAAAGCGUUUUACCGCUCCUGCAUCUCUUCGGAGACAUAUAGAAGGGUUUCACAAGCAAGUCAAGCCUUAUGUCGCCGAAGCCUCUGAUUGCCUGGUCGAAGUAGAGCAUAUCGCGGAGGAGGACUACAUCGAAGAAUCGCAGAUCAUAGAAGAAGGCCAAGUGGAAGACUUCCAGAUUGAAACUUAUGAAGUAAUAUCCACAGCGCAGCCAGCAGAACUCCUUAAAUCAAAAGCCGCGGAGGAAGCUCUAGAAUCCGAUGACGAUACACAUGAAGAUGUUUCAUCUGAGCAUCUCAUAGAAGAUGAAGAAGAGGGGAUUCCAGAGGAGCCAACCAUCUACAAGUGCAGCAUUUGCAACAAGCCGUACAAGAAACCCAAAGCCUACAUGCGUCACAUGGAAGAAGUGCACAACACCGUGCCCAAAGAUCUUCCACAACUGCUGUGCAACCAGUGCGGAUUAUGUUUCCCCUCGGCCACUCAGCUGGCCUCCCACUACCGAACCCAUUUACCCCCCGCAGUGAAGUCCGAUAACUCCUGUCCGCACUGUGAAAAGCGUUUCACCACUCCGGGAACACUGAAGCGGCACAUAGAGGGGGUUCACAAGCAGAUCAAGCCCUAUGUUUGUGACAUCUGCGGCAAGAGCUUCAACUAUGUCACCGGGCUCAAAGAUCACAAGCUGGUCCACACCGAGGAAUGUCCCUUCGAGUGUCCCGUGUGCCUGCGACGCUUUAAAAACAAAGCUAGAUUAAAGAUUCAUUCCGAUACCCACAGUGCCCAAAUCUACGAGUGUGCCAUAUGCGGCUUGAAGCUCAAGACCCGCCGAACCUUCAACAAGCACAAAUUGGUCCACUCAGAUGAACGGCAGUACAAAUGUGAUGUCUGUGGAUCGGCAUUCAAGCGGAGCAAGACCCUGAAGGCGCAUCUCAUUCUGCACACUGGCAUCCGGCCGUAUAAGUGCAACUUCUGCGGCAUAGACUUCUCCAACGGCUCCAACUGUCGUUCGCACAAGCGAAAAGCGCAUCCCAAGGAACUGGCCGAGGAGGAAUCGCGCGGAGUUUCGCGGUCCACGCUACUUCCUAUGCUGGAUGAACUUACCAAGGCAUCCAAGCUUAUUAAAACACCCGCUAAGCCGAGCAAAACCAAGGGUAGUAGGCCAAAAGUUCCGCCGAAAGCAGAAUCAUCCGCAAAGGACACUGAUGGAAAUGCUAUCCUCUACGAACUUGUUGAGGAGCUUGAUUACUCCUAGAGUGUAGCUGGUACUCACCUGUAGACGGAGUCGUCGUAGACGAGCAGAAUUCGCAGCGGCUGCUCAGCGGCCACGCUGCGCC